AUGGAUGAAAAGCGCUGCGUGAAUUGUGGUGGUCCAGUUACCGACAAGCCUAUUGAUAGAAAACCAGAAGAAAAAAGCACAAUACACCAGGGAGUUGCCUUAAAGCAAGAGCCAAGCAAUGAUCUAAUAUGUCAUAACUGCCAAAUAAUAGUGACAUAUAGCCUUGAACCGCAACAGACUGAUGAAGCGUUGUCUAAAAAUAGUUGUAUAAAUUGUGGAAAGCCCCUUCUGCAGAUAAGAAGCCAUUUACUGAAGACUAAUACGAAGCGAGAAAACCUUAUUAAAAAUAUUAUAAUAGAAUGGAUUGCACCUCAAGAAGUGUCCCCAUCAAGCCGUAUAUGCCAUCCCUGCUGGCAGAAAGCAGAUAGAGCUUCAGUACAGCGAACAACAGCACCUACGAAGGAAUCAGAAAUAAUUCUACCAAAUUACACAAGAGCCGGUAAUUCCGAAAGACGCUGCAUAUUUCCUAAGUGCCAAGCGACAGAAAGAAUACACGUGCCCACAUCAAUUCGUGUACGAUUACUCUGUGAUCUAUCCUACUACGUCCCCCCCAAAUGCAGGAUCUGCAGAUUCCACCUAAGAAGCCGCAUGUGGAACAGUCUGAUCACAAGAAAAGCAAACCGUGCAUUCACAGCUGAUCUCAUUGAAGAUUUACUAUCUCUACUCAAGAACCAGAUAGGCAAUAAUAUAGACUUUGAGAACAUUGAGGAUAGCGAUGAGGAAUUAGUGUUUUACUGGCUUGGUAUAUCGAAGGAUCAGUUUAGGCAAGUGUUGGAGGAGGUGCCUCGUCUGAAGAACAGUCAUAGAGGUGCGACUGGACUCGCCGCUUGCUUAACCAAAUUUAGGACUGGGGUGUCUGAUCAGCAGCUGUCCGUCUUGUUUAAGCUACCUAGGAGUACUUUAGUGAGGCUGAUGAGCAAGGCCAGGGAGGUUCUGUCUCAAGAUUCGGUCGGACAACAUUUGGGUCUACAGAGUGUAAUAACCGACAUGAAUAUUAUAGCUGACUAG